UUCCUCUUUGUGUGGUGCAGCGAAGAGCCGGACGCCAUUUUAAGCUCCCCUGUCAGCGAGUGAGGUGCGCAGUCAGCUCGUUACUAACAUGUCGGACGAGGGGAAACUAUUUGUUGGUGGCCUUAGCCUCGAUACGGACGAGCAGGCCCUGGAAGAACACUUUUCCAAAUACGGGCAGAUCACCGAGGUGCGAGUUAUCAAGAACCGGGAGACCAUGACGUCCCGCGGUUUCGGCUUCGUAACUUUCGACAACCCGGAGGACGCCAAGGACGCUUUGCAGGCCAUGAACGGCAAAUCCGUCGACGGCCGCCAGAUCCGAGUGGGUCAAGCCGAGAAGAAGAGGGGAGGUGGUCGUGGUUACGGCGGAGUCCGAGGCGGUGGCGGAUAUGGUAACCGCAGAAGAGGCAGUGGUAGCUGGGAGUACGAGAGGAGCGGUUAUGGCGGAGGAGGCCGGUACGACCAGGGCGAGCGUGACGGCUACUUGGGUGGGUACCGGAGCCAGGGCAGUUACAGCAGCUACGGAAGCCGCUCUUACCGAGACUAUGACUGAGGGGCUGGAGCGACUGAUGGUGCCGGAUUCUCAUCCACCUGCCGCUGAGCGAGCGGCUCCUGGAACCGCAGAAAGCCGCUGUGAAUGAAUUGAUUUGCCUGUUAUGUUAAAAAAUGCUAGAAACCCAGUUUUGACUAUUGUCAUGAUUAAUCUUGUUAACUGUUGUUUGUUCUGGGGUCUUCCUUAAAUUGGGCUUUCGACUUUGAACCUCGCUUGCCACGUGGUUUUCUGUGAUAAUUUUUUAAAUCCGACCCACGGAGCCUCUGUAUCAUUGUAUACAGUAUGUUGAUGAUUUUAAAUUGCCCUAGUCUCCUUCCGUGAGCUCCUUUUGGAAUUUGUCGAAAUCGUUUUGCUUUCUGGUGAGCUCUUUCCACAAUUCCAUGCGGCGCAAAGAACGAAAUCGGGCGGAGAACUAUUUAAUUCCCACUUCCCGGCCAUUUCAUGAUUGCUAUCCUUAAAGAUGACUGGUCUCGGAAUACGGAUCGCUCGAGUUACUUUUGAUCGAUCGACCGAUUUUCUUGACUUAAUUAUCUGGUAAUGAGGAUUGAACACUUUUUAAAAAAAAAUCUUAAAACGUCCCGCAAUGUAACCUUUUAAUUACUUUCACUUGGACCAGUAACAUGGAACCUGUAGAAACCAUUCAUUUAAGUGAGAAACCUUGUUUGUAUUUUGCCAACAUUCACCCGAGUGCUGAGUCACUUGUCACUAAAACAUAAUGAGAAAAUCGACUACAGAGCAGCUCUUCUGUCAUGCAGCUUAUCACAGGCCUCUUGGAAAGCAAGCCGAUCGUGGUCUUUUAUUUUGAAACAUUUAUUGAAAACUGUAUACAUUAAAAUUCAUUUUAUAUUGUACUUUCAUCGGCUAGUACGCCCAUUUGGACACCAAAUUGCCACUUGGGAGACCAAUCUUUGCCAGUGGAUGUAUCUGAAAUAAAAUAGCUUCAGGUAUUCUA